GGCUGAUAGUGAUAGGUUCCUCUCAGUUGUGCUUUUUACAAGUUAUGCCCACCGGAUCAAGUUCAUAUGCAUUCUGAAGAUUUCAACCAGCUUUGCUAAUACAACGGCAAGGGUACGGUGUGAUCUGUACAUCAGCACUUCCAUAGUUUCCAUUGCUCAAAUCUGAAGGUUGUUCAGGACUCGAACACUGCUAGCUCAAGGCAGAUCUAUGUUAUGCAUUUCCCAUCUUAAAUGUGGAUCAAUGUUACUUCACAGUUGACUCGUCCGGCAGAAAACAAAGACGCGACCUCAAGUCUUUGCUUGCCUGCCAUUUCAAUCCUCAUCUCCGGCAAGGAGAAGAACCAAGAAUAUUGCAUCUUCUCAUGCCGACAAGGGAGUGCUACUACUGCUGUUUUGCAGUUAUGAUUUUCUAGUCUGUAAACACGUAUGAUGUCACUGCACGCAAAUCAAAGUGGAUAAAAAAAUCACCGAAGCUCCAUGGCUGCGGGCAAUUUUGGUGGUCUCUAUCCCACGUGCGUGGUUGGUUGUGGGAUAUUGGUGGGCUGUGUCUCGCGCACAUUGUUGGUUUGGAUAUGAAUAAUUAAGCCGAAAAGGCUGCCUGGCCGAUGUUACCAUCCGCCCGCUAGCAGCCCUUGAUCGAUCCAGUGGAGGAUACAACUGCACCGUACAUAAGAGGCCGGAUUGCUAGACAGACACAACUCGCUAUGGCACAAGUUAUUCUAUAUAGCUUUGCAACCUCAGUUCUCCAGAAGGCUUCAUCAUUUGGCACUGAAUGGGCUAUUAACGAGAUCAAGUCAGCCUGGAACAUCAAGAAAGAAAUACGAAAGUUGGAGAAGUCACUUAUGUCCAUUUGUGCUGUUCUUCAAGAUGCUGAGAGGAAACAGUCUAGUUCUCAUGCCCUCCAAGUGUGGCUGGACAAUUUGAAGGAUGUUGUAUAUGACAUAGAUGAUGUGUUGGAUGAUGUAUCCACUAGAGCCCUAGAACAGGAACUACAUAAAGGUUUCCAUUCUAGACUUCGACAAUUACUAGUUUAUCCCUUAGAGUUAAGUCACAGAAUAAAAGAAGUUCGUGAUAAAUUGGAUGAGAUAGCGACCAAUAAAGCACAGUUUGGAUUAACUGAGAGGCUAAUUGAUAUCUCUCCAGCCAGAAGGAAUAGCAAGGAAACACACUCCUCGAUACAUGAAUCAGACAUCAUUGGGAGAGAUGGAGCUAAAAAUGAGAUUAUUGCAAGGAUUCUAACAGCUGCAGACUCCACAUGUCCAUUGUCAGUACUUCCUAUUGUUGGUUUAGGAGGCAUUGGAAAGACUGCAUUGGCCAAGUUGAUUUACAAUGUUACACAUAUUACUAAGAAAUUUGAAUUGAAGUUAUGGGCAUGCAUCUCUGAUGUGUUUGAUCUUAAGAAGAUCUUGGAAGACAUACUAGAAUUAGGUAUUGGUAAAAGCAGUAAAUAUCUAAAACUUGAGACGGUUCAUAAGAAGUUGUGUGGACUUUUACAAGGAAAGAGAUACUUUCUUGUAUUAGAUGAUAUGUGGAAUGAUAAAACAAGGGAAUGGGAAGAGCUAAGAAGUUUGCUAUCCAUUGGAGGUGCUGGAAGCGUGAUUUUGGUCACAACACGUAGUAUAAAUGUUGCAUCAUUGGUGAAUACAUUAGAGCCAUAUGAUGUGCAAACAUUGCCACAUUAUGAGUGCAUGCAAGUAUUUAUUCGGCAUGCAUUCAGAGAUAAAGAACAUAAAGACCCUAAGUUAGUAAAAAUUGGGGAAUUAAUUGUGAAAAAAUGUUGUGGUGUUCCUUUGGCAGCUAAGACAUUGGGUUCUCUUUUGUCUAAUUGUCGAGAUGUCAAAGAAUGGAGAGACAUUGAAGGAGACAAUUUGUGGAAUGUUGAGCAAGAUAAAGAUGGUAUGUUGCCAGCACUAAAAUUAAGUUAUGAUGCACUUCCACCCCAUCUAAGAGCAUGUUUUGCUUCGAUGUCCACUUUUCCGAAGGACUAUGUUCUUUUCAGGGAGGUUCUUGUUAUGUUUUGGAUGGCAUUAGGGUUGUUGCAUAGAGGAAAUGGAAGUGGGGACACAUUGUGUAUUGGAGAAAGAUACUUCCAUGAACUUUUAGGAAGGUCACUUUUCCAUGACCAAGAUCUGGUUUUUGAUGAAACUAUUGAGAGUUGUAAAAUGCAUGAUCUAAAUCAUGAUCUUUCAAUAAAAGUUUCCCAAAAGGAGAGAGCGGUUGUCAGCUGUAGAAAAUUUGAUGUUCCUGAAAGCAUUAGACACCUAGUGUGGGACCGCCAAGACUUCUCAACCGAGAUGAGAUUCCCUAAGCAACUAAAAAAGGCCCGUAGGGCAAGGAUAUUCAUAAGCAGAUACAAUUAUGGCACUGUGAGUAAAGCCUUUCUUGAAUACAUUUUCUUAACUUUCAAGCACCUUCGUGUCCUAGUUUUUGCUGAGGUUCAGUUUGAAGAACUACCAAGUUUGAUUGUGAACUUAAGGCACCUAAGGUACUUAGAUCUCCAGUGGAAUAUGGAAAUCAAAUAUCUACCUAAUUCUUUUUGCAAGCUGGUAAAUCUACAAACGCUCCAUCUUGGUCGAUGUGACCAACUAGUGGAACUCCCAAGUGGUGUGAAUGGACUUGUUAACCUUAUGUGGUUGGACUUGACAACACAACAAAAAUAUUUAUUUAGACGUGGGUUUGCUGGUUGGUCAUCUCUAGUAUUUCUUCAAUUGGACAAUUGCCUUGAGUUAAUUUCGUUGACAGAGGAAAUUGGCAACCUAACUGCCCUUAGAGAGAUACACAUCUUCAACUGUCCUAAGUUGGCUUCUCUUCCCUCUGCCAUGAGGCAGCUCUCUACACUCCAGAGAUUGUUUAUUAAUAAUUGUGCAGAGCUUGAUCUUAUGGAACCAGAGGAAGCUAUGAGUGGGCUGUGCUGCCUUCGUUCUCUCGUUUUUGCCACCCUUCCAAAGUUGGUGGGAUUUCCCAAGAGCUUCCGAUCUGCUGCUUCCUCUCUUGAAUGUAUUUUCAUUGACAAUUGUAAAGGAUUGGAGAGGCUACCAGGUUUAAUCCAAGGUUUCACUUCUCUUAAGAAAAUUGUGAUUGUUGACUGUCCUAUGCUAAGAAGAAGAUGCAGGGUGGGUUCCUCUAAGGAUUAUCGUCUCAUUCGCCAUGUACCUGAGAUAUGGAUUGAUCAAAAACUCCUUAAGGUAUAUUCUCGGUUGUUUUUGUUUACUCCUCCGUAAAUUGAAUUCAUCGAUUGCAUAUUUUCCUUCCACCAAACAAAAGGAAUUAAAAUUAUUCUGCUUUUAUUUCACCUCUCAUGCUACCUCUUACUGUGUAUAGGCACCGGCAAGCUCUCAUGAAUCGUGACUAGAAAGGAAGGCAUUAUAUUACAAACGCAUCGCACGUGCUUCCUGUCAUACUUUUUUCCGAGUAAUACUCACCACCCUAUAUGUUUGUGGUGGUGGUGUCAUUCUGGUCAUGGUGCUGGUAAUUUGUGCUAUCUAUUGAACCAGCGAUGGUUCAUGCAAACAGCACGGUUAGCUACAUUUUUUAUUGUACUAUUCAUCUUUUUAAUUUUUAAAAUAAUUUUAUUCUUUAUUGUAUUGUAUUGGUUUUGUCUCCAUGCACCACAUUUCAUCUUUUGGCCUAAACUCCACAUAGCUAUCAUUGAUGAAUUUCUUGGCAUAAAUCUAUUUUUUCUCACUCUUGUCUUCCUUUUUGGCUAACUACUGUCACACCCAAUUUCAAGGACGAAAUUAAAUGCAUAAACUCAUAUGUGCCCAGGGAUCAAUCACACACAUAAGUCAUAAAUUACAUAUCGUCAUUGCAGUGUUUAAAACAAGCGUAGUCAUAACAACACGUAGUGUGGUACAAUCACACACAUAAGUCACAAAUAAGUCAUAACAAGGCCAAUGAAAAUAUAGUGGGCCAAUGAGAUAUAAUGAACAAUUUUAAAAGUUGAGGGAGAUGUUUUUGCUAGGUUUUAGAGUCUAAAGAGAAAUACCAAACUUUCGCGAAAGUUGAGAAAGAUAAAGUUGAUUUUUUUCUGCUAAUUUAAUGGAUAUGGGCUAGCUAAUUUAAUGGAUAUGGGUUGUUUCCCACCGUACACAUCCCGUUUCCAUCCUAUGUCGUCCUCCCACAUGAUGUGACAUGUAACACCCCUGGUGUUAAGCAUGCAUUAGGGUUGCAUUUGUCAAACAUAAGCAUCAUCUCAUGAUCAUAAGCAUCAUCUAUG